AUGGCGGCCAACUAUUGGGAAUCGACACAGCGCAAGCACUGGCAGUUCACCAAAGACGACCUGGCCGUCAUCCGCCAACGGCUCGACGACGAGGACCCGACUCUGGUGCAAAUGUUUCCCCUGCCUCCACUUCGCCAUCUCAAUAUCUACUUCAACCAGCAAAUCAACCGGCUCGGCAAGCGCCUCGGAGUCCGACAACAAGCCAUGGCCACAGCCCAAGUCUACCUCAAGCGCUUCUACACGCGCACCCCAAUCCGGCAGACCAACCCGUACCUGCUUGUCACGACGGCCCUCUACCUCGCCUGCAAAAUGGAAGAGUGUCCGCAACACAUCCGCCUCCUCACGCAAGAAGCCCGCUCACUGUGGCCGUCGGACCUGCACGGCCACGACGCGUCGCGCGUCGGCGAGUGCGAGUUCUCCCUCAUAUCGGAAAUGCACGCGCAGCUUAUCGUUCAUCAGCCCUACCGCACGCUGCUCAGCCUACAGGGCGAGUUCGCUCUCACCCACGACGAGACGUCGCUUGCUUGGACGGUGAUAAACGACCACUACAUGACGGACCUGCCGCUGCUGCACCCGCCGCAUGUGAUCGCGCUCACGGCGGUGCUGUUGGCAUUGGUGCUACGGCCGAGCGGGAAUGCGCCCGGAGCGGGAGGCGGUGGUGCUGGUGCAGGUGGGGGGAGUGCGGCCGCUGCGGCGGCGGCGGGCGCUGGAGGCGUCGCCAUGGCUGCUACUGCGUUGGCGCAGGCACAGGCGAGGGCGGCUGCAAUGGCUGGUGGCGGAGGGGCCGGCUUCGGGUCGCAGGGUUCACAGCAGCAGCAACAGAUGGGGUUCUCGCAGGGUAACUCGCAGGGAGAAGCCCCGGCGCCGGAGCCCAAGAAGGUGACGGACCCGAGGCUGGCCAAGGUCCAGCGGUUCGCGGCCUGGCUGGCCGACAGCAAUAUCGAUGUGGAGGCCAUGGUCGACUGCACCCAGGAGCUGAUCUCGUUUUACGAGUGCCAUGAGCAGUACAACGACAAGCAUACUCGCGAGCAGAUCAGUCGGUUCAUCAAAGCGAGGAAUCUCGACAAGUGA